AUGGAUGUUUCUUCCCUGAGGUACCCAUUGCCCGUAGCUGAUCGGGAAUUGAUCAGUGAGUUCAAGGUAAGCCGUAACUUUAUUCAAGCUGCAAAACCCUUACAAGGGAAGUACCCCAAGCGCGAUGACGCUCAGAUUUUGUUUAAACCUUGUACACACAUCGGGCAUAGACUCGAUAUCAAUUCCUGAAAGUUUUAGGUCGCGCUUUGCAGGCGCAGCCGAGAUAUUCAGCGAUCUUUGCCGCCGAGAGAGUACGCUAAACGCGGAGAGCGGUCAAAGAGAAAAACACUUUUUUGUCCAUAACGUUGCCAAUUUCGGACGAAAAAAAUGCUUUUUUUCUGGAAGCAUUAUUCUCAGCAAUAGAAUUAGGUAUGAGACUUUUCGUGCCAAAAUUCGGGAAAAAGUGUCAAUUUUUUGCCGACUUUAGAUCUAAAAAUCUCAGUUGUUUCCGCAAAACCAGGGCAAGGUUUUUCACAUAUAUCCUAGAAAAAAUUAUUCUAAAUUUGAGCCAAAUUUCAUCAAGAUCUAUGUGUCGCACUUGGGGUACUUCCCCUGUUAGGACAAGCAGGAAAAUUGCUGAUUUCAGGUCGAAAAAUGGAAAAAGACCAUCUCCGUGGUGAAAGCAAUCGCCGAAGACUUGGAAAUUGUGGCCAAAUUCUUUGUAGAAGUGCAGCUCGCUGAGAUGCCGUUUAGCAAACAUCUGAGUAAAACAAACUUUUUUUUGACGUGCGAAGAGAUUUCGCGCGAUGAAUGAAAAUGCACAGUGCAAGGUCCUUAGACAGGCCGGCACUGUGCGAAAAAAGGCAAAAUGCACUGUGCGACGCGUCAAAAAGCCUACGAAUCUUUGAAAAAAAUGUAGCCUGUACAACGAAUUGUUGGGGACCUAAAAAAAUUUUUUUGUUAUAGAAAAGUUUUGUUGUACAGAGGUUUUUUUGCCCGAAAACUGACUCUUAUGCCUUGUGAAAUUGUUCGUUAUACAGGGUGCGGCAAAAAAAUGGAAACUUAUUUUUAUAGCUAUAUUUUUCCUAGCAAUCCAAAUUCCGCAAAAGUAACGGUCAUCUUCAAUAACAUAGAGCAUUGUUUAUAACAUAUUCAACCCGUUUUACCGUGGCUGCUUUUUGUGGCGAGGUAGAGCUCCAAACGUGACUUAAAAUUUUGGCCUUUUGGCCGCAGCUUUUUUCGGGGAAAUCGGUCCCGUUCUUGACGCAGCGAUUACUUUGCGACUCCAAACUUUUGUGGCGUGUAGUACAGAUGCUGGCCUCCAAUUGAAAAAAAAUUACAGUCCAUUGGAUUUAUACCCGGCGAGCAGGCGCUCUUUUCGCAGACGGGGUGAAAUCGGGAAAAUCGUCUCAAAAUCGGUCUUGACUCGUUGUUGCCCUGUGAGUCGGCGCUGAGUCUAGUUGGAACGUCAAAUUUGUGCUGCCAAGGUUCUACUGAGCCAACAGAAGCAUGAGGAAAUCGAAGUUAACCCGGCGCUAGAAUUUUGCCCGCUUGAUCCACGAAAAUCUCGGAAUUCUUGCCGCUGGCACAAAUUCCGCCUUAGGCGAUGACGGCCCUUAUUUUGACGGUGUUCGUCGUUAGCCGACGUGCAGGGGGCCUCAUUGGAUUGGACUAUGACGUUCUGUUGGUUGUGCACCCGCCAAAGAUUGCACCGCGAAUGGAAUGCGCUCCCAUCGCGGACCUGCGGCCCGACGUCGGAAUUUUCGGCAUUUUUUCAGGCGUACGGGCUUGAUCUUGCCGAUUAGGAGUUGGGCAUUUCAGACCUUGCGUGGGGAGACUUUGAGUUGAUUUUUAGCUAUUUGGCCGACUGGUCGGUCGCUGAUGCCGGUCUCACGGGCAAUUUUUUCUCGAAAUCGACGGAUUUCGCUAUUGAUGACUCUGCGGCUGGCAGAAGUGUGGGCGGUGCGUUUUCUUUCGCUUACUGGACGCUUAAAAUUGGCAAAAAGCUCCCUGCAUUGUGUGAUUACUUUGGACACAACGUGCUUUCUAUGCCGGGCAAAUUAACAGUUCGCACAGGUAAAAAAACAGGUCCGAAAUCGAGGUCCCUCUGUUUGUCAUUCAAAAAAAGAAUGUUAAUAAACCGAUAUGGACAUGAAAUUAUAAGGUCCAGGAGAGAAAGCUACGUAGAAUUUAAUGGUAUGAAAAUAAUUUUGCUGCACUUAAAAAUUUUUGCGUCAGGACCCAAUGAAAAAAGUUUCCAUUUUUUUGCCGCACCCUGUACAUAUUGGCAUAUCAGUCUGUCGGGAAAAUAAUAUGCGAAAUGUCGCUGCGCCGAUCGUGUCGUUGAAGUGGAAAGCAAUUUGAUUUUGCCGCGACAAAAUUAAUUUUGUCGGUGAUGAUGCGAUUUUCGAUGCGACAGAGUGCUCAUUAUUUUCCCGACAGACUAAUAAAAUUUAUUUUUUUUUUCAGACUUUCCCUUUGAAGAAAACAAAGACAAGUUUAUGGCGAUAAUUCGAGACGAAGUUGAGUCAGGCAGAACCUUGUUGGCCCUCCUCGACAACCACAUUGUCGGGUUUCAAGGCUCAACAAAGGAGGAGGUGAGGCCAGAGGAUCAAGGAGUCGAUGAGAUUCCGGCGGAUUAUGCGGAAUGUAAGGAUAAUUAAAAUGGCUAUAUUAGUCCGUCAGGAGAGUCGCCGGACUGAUCUUUGGCGUUUGCACUGAUCGAAAAAAGUCAGAGUGCGAGCGACAGCCGAAAAAAGCCUAUUGCACCGUGCAAAAAGCAAGAAAAUGCACUGUGCAAAGAAAAUUUUUGUUUUUGCACAGUGCGUGUCGCCGGACUGAUUUCCGCGACAUGCACUGUGCAAAAACAAAAUUUUAUUUUGCACUGUGCAAUUUCCGGCUUUUUGCACCAUGCAAUGACUUUUUUGGCUGUCGCCCACACCUUGAUUUUUUUCGCUCAGCGCAAACGUCAAAUAUGAGUCCUAAGACUUUUCGGACGGACUAGUAUACGAUAAAACCUCUGUACAACAAAUUCCGUUACAACAAAACCUCUUUAUAACGAACAAUUUUGGAAGCAUCGGGAGUCAACUUAUACUAAAAUUAACCCCUUUAUAACAAACCUCCUUCCAUAACAAAUAACAUUUUUUUGGAACCCUCCCAAUUUGUUGUAAUCUAAUGCCAGUCGGUCGGGAAAAUAAUGUGGGUUUGUCACGCCUUGGAAUCGCCCAUCAUCGCUUUGCGAUAGCUUACCGUGGCUGGAAAUUUUGACAGCGUCUUGCGAUGAGCCGAUAAAUUUUGCUGCGACAAAUCCACAUUAUUUUCCCGACAUAUUGAUAUUAUUCACCCCAUAUGUUUUGACUGUUCAGUAGCCGAGAAACUCUAUCCCCAACGUCCUCCUGACCUACAAAUCUUCCUCACCACGCUGCAUGAGGUCGAAAGAUUUGCCAAACAUCACAUUCCGGUAGGGCCUUACAUUCGAAUCGCUCGGAUUGGCGUCCAAAAAGAGUUUGGAGGCCAGGGAAUUGGGCUCAAGUUAUGGACCGAAGCGCUAAAGCUGGCCAAAGCGGAGGGCUUGGAAUGGGCUUCGGCCGAAUGCGCGGCCGUUUAUUCGACGAAAAUCGCGAACAAGGUGAGUGAAAGAGCAUCGGAAAUGCAUACAGUGGCACCACUGUACAACGAACUUUUGUACGAACAAACUUGUCUAUUGGUUCUUCCAUAAAGUGCGCAGACUUUUCGUAAUCUUGACUGUGCAAGUGUUAACUGUUUAUCUUUUUGUAAAAUUAAACGCAUUACAGCUUGGAAUGCCGACCGUUUUCACCUUGCCAUUUGGUAAGAUCAUUUUCCAUGGCAAACAACCUUAUCCGUCAGUUUUGGAAGACGGCUUGACUGGAUUAAAUUUAACUGUUGGGAGAUUUAUUGUCUGA